AAUGAUAAUACUGUGUACACAGCUGACCAUUGUAUGCAUUGGAAUGAUUUCCCAUGCAAAACCUGUUUGGUCAUUUCCUUGACGCUGCUACCGUUGUAGAUUAUCAAUUUUAUUGUUUUUUUUAACGCCGUAUAGUGGUGUUGGUCCGUUCGUUUGUGUAAAGUUUACGUGCAUUUUCUUUUGAUAGAGAGACGGUGACGUUUUCGCAUGUUUAUCCGUCGCUCGUGAGCCGUGACUCUUGUGGUGACUUACAGUGGUAAAAUGACGUAUAGCGUCUGCCGGUACCUAAUAUCGUUUCUUUUGUUAACGAAGUGAAGAAACUACCAUGCCUGUAAACGGUCUUGAUCAUGAAGAAUUGGUUGUUUUGCCUCCGUUGCCCCCAGAGAUUCUGCGGACGACCGGAGGAACCAACAACAAUAAUAACAACAACAACAACAACAACAAUAACAACCAAGCGUUUACUGUACGAGACCGCCUGUUUUAUGCUUUAUUCUAUAAAGCCACCCUCGGUUACGCGAGGAUAUUUCCCAGACCUUUUAGAAGACUAAUUGAAUUUGUGUUUUUAUUAAAAGCAGUGCUGUCUUUUUUCAUUCUCGUUUAUGUCCACAUGAAUUUUUCGCGCAUGCCGUCUAAUUGUUUAGAUAAUGUCAAAGACGUCUGGCCCAGAGACGGAAUAUUGAGGGUAGAGAUCAUCAGACCCUUUCAGCGUGCACAAGCCGAAAAGGACGGCACUCUAGAAGAUUUGUUCUCGGUAGAAAAAUCUUAUGAACGAGAGUAUCGACUCAGACAAGUAGAAACAAACGAUGAAAAUGCUUCAAUUUUUUUGAACCCCUUUACCAAAAUAAAUAACCAUGAAAAUAACGAAGAACAAGUUGGAAUUGAACCAUCGACUGAAGAAUAUACUGGGAACAAACAUCGAGAAGCUAGUACACCUAAAAAUAAUUUUUUCAAUUUUAAAAGUGACAUUUCUUACACAGAACACGUAAACGAUGAUAAAGUCGCCAAAGAAGACAUAACCAGUAGUAUAUUGAGUCGAUCCGAUAAUGGUAUGAGCGAAUCAAAUUUUUCUGAUGUCAACGAAUCUGCACAAUUCCGUUCAACUAAAUACGCAAACAGCAGUCUUAGAGGGAUAACAGGACUCAACGAAAGCGAGUUUAUUCAGCCCACCAGUAGUUCGGACCUCGAAAUCGAUAUUGAUAACAUGUACUUGGACAACUAUAUCGUCGAGUAUGCUUUGGAGUAUGGCUUUUUGCGUUUGUCACCCGCCGCCAGAAGACGGUUGGGCAUUCCGGUGAUGAUGGUCGCUCUGGAGCCGGGCCGGAACAAGUGUUUCGGCGAUCCUUUGGGACAGUUCUUUUUGGAAAACUUGCUCGGCUACGAUGAUCUCCUCAUGUCUUCCGUGAAAUCGUUGGCCGAAAACGAACAAAACAAAGGAUAUCUCAGGAACGUCAUCUCCGGUGAACACUACAGGUUCGUCAGCAUCUGGAUGGCCCGGACGUCGUACAUCGCUUCAUUCUUCAUAAUGGUCGUGUUUACCGUUUCGAUAUCGAUGCUGUUGAGGUAUUCGCACCAUCAAAUAUUUGUGUUUAUCGUGGAUUUGCUGCAGUUGUUGGAUUUUCACGGUUCGCUGUCUUUCCCCGCCGCCCCUCUGUUGACCGUCAUCCUGGCUCUGGUCGGCAUGGAGGCGAUAAUGUCGGAAUUUUUCAACGACACCACCACCGCGUUUUACAUUAUACUAAUCGUGUGGGUGGCUGAUCAAUACGACACCAUAUGCAGCCACUGUCCGAUCACGAAAAGGCAUUGGCUAAAGUUUUUCUAUCUGUACCACUUCUCGUUCUACGCCUAUCACUACCGGUUCAACGGCCAGUACAGCGUUUUGGCGCUGGUCUGCUCGUGGCUCUUCAUUCAGCAUUCCAUGAUCUACUUUUAUCAUCACUACGAGCUGCCGUACGUGCUACAGCAGCACCAGCUGCAGCACGUGCUCAUCCACAGGCAGCAUCCACACCAUCCGCAAGCGCCGCCCGGCGGACACGCGGACGCCAGGCGACCCGAGACCGGCGGCGGCGGCGGCGGCGGAGGCCCACCGGUGGAGUUGACGCUCAGGCCAAUGAUGAACGGCAGCAUCAUGACCGGACUGAACAACCUGGGACGUCUGCGCACGGUACUGCUGCGGAGACGGCGGGUGUCCCGCAACGCGGAUUCGCCGAAUGCCAACCAAACGGCGGUGGCGGCCGCGGCCGCGGCAGAAGUUGCCGCUGAGAACGGACCAAACGAGCAGACCGGCAACGGCGGCGGCGGCGGUGGUGGGGAUCCGACGGCGGCGGCGGCGGCGGAGGCGGGGGCGGCCUAGUAAUAUUUAUGGUAAUCGACCCCCACUGAAAUUGUGGAAAAACCCAUUUUUUUAACCUUUCCCCUCCCCCCCCCAUGUUAACGGUUUUUUUUUUUUAAUUAAUCGGAGAGCUAAGAUUACAACACACUUAUGGUUAAACGCUACAAAAAAAAAAAAAAAAAAAAUAUAUAUACAAUAAUAUAUUAUGUUGUUCGCCUCUUGUGCGCGCGGCCAAGAUUAUAAAAAAACUUUUCUAGAGGGCUGUUUUGUUUUUUUUUUUUUUAUUUCAUAUAAUAAUAUGUUUUUAGUUUGUAAAUUACGAGUUGUGUAUAUUUCUAUUAGAUCAUUUUGUGUAUAAAUAAUAAUGAUGAUACCUAUAUAUUAUAUAUUUUGUGAUUACUGUUAAUUAAAAACAAAAAACAC